CUGUCUGCGCCCUCUUCGCCUUGCUCUUGCCGCCGUGCUCGCUCGAAUGGCCUCACGGCCCACUCGCGCUGCAAUGCACUUGCGAUUGCGAUUGCAGCGCGGGUGGGACUCUCCCGCCUCUAGAUUUGCCGCUCUCUGCGAGUCUUGUCCGCAUUCCUUGCACCUCUCGAUCCGUCUUCGCCCCUCCCUCUCUCCGCUCUACCCUGUCUCUGCGAUCUCCCGUUGCCCCGCUUCUCGAUACACAUCAAUUUCCAGCAAUAAGCUUCCUCAAACCCUCUCCCGGCGCCACACGCCAUGCCGCUCUCGCGCGCUCCCCUUCUUAUCUCCCUCCCCUCCGAUCGGAUCUCUUACCCGUCCGAUCUCCUCCCGCCUUUUCCUCCUCAUCCGCCGUCAUCCCGGUUACCGCUCUCCUCGUUACUCGCUGAGAGCUUUCAUUGGCCGGCGAUGGCGGAUCUGAUUCCCCCGUUAGCGUGGCUGCACAUAACGGUGGGCGCGGUGGGCGGGCUCAUCAUGACCUACACCUUCAUGAUGCGCAAGCUCAAAGAGGGGCUGCUUAUAUCGGAGUCCUUCGCGGCGCUGGUGGUGGGCGUGCUGCUCGGCCCGCACUGCCAUCAGCGUGCUCGACCCCCGCGGCGCGCUGGGCGAGGCCACGGAUCUAGCGGUGCUCCGCGAGGUGCGUUGAUGCUCUCCCGCAUCGUGCUGGCAGUGCAGCUGGUGUCAGCGGGCCUAGGGCUGCCGCUGAGGUACGUGGAGCGCCAGUGGCGGUCGCUGGCGGUGCUGCUGGGCCCCACCAUGCUCGCCACGUGGGCCAUCGCCUUUGCCAUCGCGCUCUGGCUGCUGCCGCACGCGGGCGCGUCGUGGCAGCUGUGCCUGCUGGUGGCCGCGUGCCUCACGCCCACCGACCCCGUCCUCGCGUCGACCAUCCUGCAGGGCCGCUUCGCUGAGCUCCACCUGCCAGCGCCGCUGCGCUUCAUGCUGCAGGCGGAGAGCGGCGCCAACGACGGCAUGGCGCUACCGUACGUCAUGCUGCCCAUCACGCUCAUCCUGCAGCCCUCUCUGCCCCACGCCCUCACGCACUGGCUCGCUGUUGGCUGUGCCUACCAGGUGGGAGUGGCCAUAGCAGCGGGCAUGGUGUAUGGGCUGGUGGCACGUGGGCUACUCUAUGUGGGCGACAAGUACGGGCUCAUCGACGAGCCCUCCUUCCUCGCCCACAUCAUUGGGCUCGCUCUCGGUGCCCUGGGACUCGUGAGAGCCAUCGGAGCCAGCGGCGUACUAGCUGUCUUUGUGGCGACCAUAGCCUUCUCCAGCCGCGAGCCGACAGCGGAAGAGGGGCGGUACGACGCGAUCAACGGGCUGGAGAUCAUCGCCACGGUCUCCUACUUCACCUACCUGGGCGCCGUGCUGCCCUUCCCCGCGUGGCGCGCCAUCGGCAUCCCGCGCCUCCUGCUCUUCGCCCUCCUCGUGCUGCUGCUGCGCCGCCUGCCCGUGCUCCUUGCCCUCGCGCCAUGGCUUCCGGAUUUGCACAGACAGACGCUGUCCAAGCGCGCGCUGUACUGCCAGGCAGGGUUUGCGGGGUUCUUUGGGCCGAUAGGGGUGGGUGCAGUGCUGUACGCCACGCAGGCGUACGAGGAGCUGGAUGGGGAUGCCACGGCCGCGCAUGUGGUGCUGUUUGUGGUGGUGGCGUCCGUAGUGGUGCACGGGGUCACUGCCGCCCCGCUGUCCCGCCUGCUGUCCUCGUGUAUAAAGAAGGCGGAGGACGAGCACAGGCUGAAGCUGCGGCAGCAACAGCAGCAGCUGGCAUUUGGUGAGCUGCCAUCUGUGGCGUCGUCACCCGCAAGGGAUUCAUGUGAAUGCUGAAUGGCAUGAUAGUCCAUGCUGUUCAUGUUUCCAAGCAGGAAAUAAAUAUAAU